ACCCACAAUGCCUUGCGCUCACGGUUCAGGCUGGCUUCUUUAGGCUUUGGGAGUGUUUCCCAUUUAAACAAACAUAGCUAAUGCUGAAGAUGGCGGAUGCGUAGAAGUGGCUUAAAGAAACUGGAGUGUUUCACUGGAUACAUUUACACCGGUGCUGAUAUGAUUUAAACAUGAGUGGGGUGGGUGAGAACUCACUUGAGCCCCUGUGCUCAGACCGGAAACGCAAACUCUCCACGUGUGACACUCCGGGGCAAGGGUGUGAUAAACGCAGGAGGGAACAGGAGAGCAAAUACAUCGAGGAACUCGCCGAACUGAUUUCGGCCAACCUCAGCGACAUCGACAGCUUCAAUGUCAAACCAGACAAAUGUGCCAUCCUUAAAGAGACCGUACGCCAGAUAAGACAGAUCAAAGAGCAAGGUAAAAGCUCAUGUGGGGAUGAUGACGUCCAGAAGGCGGAUGUGUCGUCUACCGGUCAAGGGGUCAUCGACAAGGACCAUCUGGGCCCUCUGCUGCUGCAGGCUCUGGAUGGGUUUUUGUUUGUGGUGAGUCGUGAAGGCAGCAUCGUCUUCGUGUCUGAUAACGUAACUCAGUAUCUGCAGUAUAAACAGGAGGAGCUCAUCAACACCAGCAUCUAUAACAUACUGCAUGAGGAGGAUCGAGAAGAGCUACAUAAAAACCUUCCCAAAAGCAAUGGUCCCAACAGUGUGUCAUGGGGUGGUGAUGCCUCCCGUCAGAAGAGUCAUACGUUUAACUGUCGUAUGCUGGUGAAGUUUGGUCAUGGAGGUCCCGGAGGAGAAGAGGGGGCCGGGGGGCCGCGCUAUGAGACCAUGCAGUGUUUUGCUCUCACGCAGCCUAAAGCUAUGAUGGAGGAAGGGGAAGACCUGCAGUCCUGCAUGAUUUGUGUAGCACGGAGAGUGACGGCUGUGGAGAGGACGGAGCGAUUCAGCACUAGACACGAGCUAUCAGGUAAGCUGAUCGAGAUUGAGCAACAGAGUCUGUUGCACACCACCAUGCGCCCUGGCUGGGAGGAUUUAGUGCGCAGGUGUAUGCAGAUGUUCCUGCAUCGCAGUGAGGGCCAACCCUGGUCUUACAAGAGACACUACCAGGAAGCGUAUAUCCAUGGUAGAGCAGAGACUCCUCUCUAUCGCUUCUCUCUGUCAGACGGCACUCCAGUAACGGCACAAACACGAAGUGAGCUCUGCCGAAACCCAGUCACCAAUGAACCGCUGACCUUCCUCUCCACUCAUCUUCUUCAGAGGGAGCAAAAUGGAUACCGGCCUAACCAGGGUGGUGUAAUGCGAUCGGUUAUGGGAAAUGCCAAUCCUAAUGCUCAGAUGGGCAUGUCUCCUGGUGGGCCUAUGGGUAUGGGUAAUCCAAGGGGCUAUGGCAUGAAUGAGCAAGCUCACAUGGGACCCCGAGGUGGACCUAUGUACGGCCCAGGCAACAGAAUGAAUCAGAUGAACCCGAUGCAUCAGAUGAACCAGAUGAAUUCAAUGAAUCAAAUGAACAUGAAUCAGAUGAACUGUAUGAAUCAGAUGAGCUCUAUGAAUCAGAUGAAUUCCAUGAAUCAGAUGGGACAUCCUGGCAUGAAUCAACAUCAGCAAGGACAGUUCCAUGGUGGUGGUUAUGGUAUGGGCAUGACAAGUCCUUCCCAGGGAAGCCCUGGAAUGAAUCCUGCUCAACAGAAUCUCAUGGGGUCUCCACGGAUACGAGGGAGUCCCAAAAUGGGUCCCUUUUCACCUGGUGGUAUGCAUUCUCCAAUGGGCCCUGUCGGUAUGGGAGGUACAGGUGGAUCUUCUGGUCCAACAGUUGGCAGCACCUUUUCCAGCAGCUCACUGAACGCCCUUCAAGCCAUUAGUGAAGGUGUAGGUUCCUCUCUACCAUCAGCUCUCAGCUCACCUGCCCACAAAUCCGACAGCUCUCCCAGCAUCAACUCAACCCAGUCCAAUCAGCAAGGCCAAACCGCCAUCAGCAAACCUGGUUCUGGGGACUCCAAGAGCCCAUCGAGUUCUCACAGCACUGGGGUAGACCAACAGCAGGCCUCUUCAUCUGAGACCACUAUGGAUAAACCAGACAGUCAGUCCAGUAAGGAGGGAUCUACGGGUGCGGAGGUCAACAGGAGAGUCUCUGACGGAAAGGGCCACAAGAAGUUACUUCAGUUGCUCACCUCCCCGACCGAAGACAUUGGGCUUGGGGCUGGGACCGGUGGACCUGUCCCAGGUCGUGCCUCCACGCCGAUGGGCCCCGAUUCCAAGGAGACUGGAGGCGGCAUUAUGAGUCCUUCGUCGACGGGCGUGUCAUCCUCAUCCGGAUCUUCAUCUGGAAAUAAUGCAAAUCAGCAAGGUUCAGGAGGAGUUUCCUCUACAGCUUGCCCCGCCGGAAACCACGGCCCUCAAACUGUACAGGAUAAACACAAGAUACUCCAUAAGCUUCUCAAGAAUGGAAACACGCCAGAUGAGGUGGCUCGCAUCACGGCUGAGGCCACCGGUAAGUCCAGUCUCGGUUCGGAGCACCCGGGCAAUGAGACCAGGAAUUUGGAACUCAAACAGGAGCAGCUCAGUCCGAAAGAAGGUAAAAAGCCUCAAGCGCUUCUUCACUACCUCCUCAACAAGGAUGACUCCAAAGAUCCCAAUCCCGCAGAGGCCAAGCCAAAGUUGGAGGAGCUUGAGGGAAGAGGGAUUAUGGGAGGGCAAGGAUCAGGCGUCACAACCUCGAACUCUAACAACCACGGGGCCAAAGUCAAGCUCGAACCACCAGAUGAGCUGGACAACUUGGAGAGUAUUCUUGGAGGGCUGAGGAAUUCUGGAUCUGGAAUGUUUGCUGAUUCUGGAACUGGAGGGGCAGAGGGGGGCAAUAAGCAGGGCAAUGGUCCCAACAGCACUGCACACGACCGGGACGUUGGUGGUAUGGGCCCUGGCCAACGUGCGCCCUUCCAAAGGGCGGUGUCUGUAGACGGUAAACCCAUGGGGGGGCCAGGCAUGACGGGUAGAAGGAGCGCCCCCUCCUCUCUUGUCAAACUGGAGCAUAAUGAACACCAGAUUGGCAUGGGAGGUCCAAACAGGCCAAUGGCUAUGAAUCGACCACCUAUGGCGGGUGCUGGUGAUUGGGGAAUGCCUAGUUCCAGUGGCAGCCCUGGUUCUGUUGGUCACCCUGGCAUGGGUCGCCCAGGAAUGGGUGACCAUAAUCCUAAAAGCAUGAUGGGAGGACCCAUGGUUAACCGAUCGAAUAGUGUUCCAGCAACCAGAUCUAUGUUACAGCAGCAGUUAAUGGAUAUGGGGCCUUAUGAUGUAGGAAUGAAUAUGAAUGCAUUCAGAGGGCAAGGACCUCCACCACAGUCACCUUCGUGGCCAGACAACGGGAUGGGAAUGGAAGGAACACCGAAUACAAACAGGCUACCCUUUAAUAACUCUUUGGAUGAUCUUCUGGUUCCUCCAUCCACCACUGAGGGUCAGAGUGAUGAGCGAGCUCUGUUAGACCAGUUGGACUCUCUGCUCAACAACACUGAUGUCAUCGCUUUAGAGGAGAUCGAUCGAGCCCUUGGCAUACCAGAUCUUGUCAGCCAGGGUCAUAGUUCAGACCAGGCCCCUCCGACAGACCACUUCUCUGGUCCCUGCCCAGGCCCUGACUCCACUAUGGGUAUGGACCAUAAAGGCAUGUAUGGGCAGGGCUACCCGGGUCCCCCUUCCAUGGGGAUGCAGGGCGGAUACGGCCCUGGUCCAAACUCUGGCCCAGGACCCGGUCCCAUGCAGGGGCAAUCUGGACCGGGCUUUAACCCCAUGAUGGGUCAGGUGAACCAGCAGGGUGGCUUUCCUGGAAUGGGUGGUAUGGGUGCUAUGCAUCCUCGUGCUAGCAUGAUUAGACCUCGGAUGAUGAAUCCCGCCAAGCCACUCAGAUUACAGCUUCAGCAAAGAUUACAAGGACAACAGUUUCUGAAUCAGAGCAGACAGGGAAUGGCCAUGAGACCAGAUAACAACCCUGCAGGAAACCCUGCCAUGAGACCGAACAUGCAGCCGGGCAUGGAAGGACAGCCUGGGUUCCUGAAUGCUCAAAUGAUAGCCCAGCAAAGACGACAAAUGAUGAAUCUUCAAUCAGAGAUGAGACAAAGACAAAGGAUGAUGAUGAUGAUGCAGCAGCAGCAGCAGCAACCCGGAGGCUUCAGUCCCCCUCCUAAUGUUACCGCACCCACAGGAAUGGACAACCCCAUGGGAGGACCUCCAAUGAACCAGUCAAGCCAGCAGGCCUUUAAUUAUGGAGGCAACUAUGGUAUGGCUCAACAGGGAGACCCAUCGUUUGUGGGAACAGGUAGCAGUCCUCCUAACAGCAUGAUAUCUGGUCGUAUGGGUGGACCCCAGAAUCCCAUGAUGCAACAGCAUCCUCAGAGCAAUCCUAUGUACCAAUCAGCUGAGAUGAAGGGCUGGGGACAGGGGCCUAUGUCCAUGAAUAAUUCAUACUCACAGCAGCAAUAUCCCCAGCAGGGGGCGCCUGGACAAUACGGAGGCAUGAUGAUGAACGGUUCAAUGCAAGGUGGUGUUAAUGGCAACGGUGCAGGACAGAUGCCCCCAAUGCAGGGCCAGAUGGGCAUGAACGGCAUGGGUAUGGGACGGAUGCCGAUGGGACCCGAUCAGAAGUACUGCUGAGACAAUGAGCCAUCUCUGUGAAAAGGACAAAUUUUAAGCAACUGUCCAAUGAGAACCUCAUGGAGGUUAAAUCACUGGAAGUAUCCAGUGGAACUCGACUUGGAGAGAGAACGAAAGGGAAUGAGAGAGAAAGAGAGAGAGAGAGAGAGAGACUCGAGCCUUCUCUGUGGAGUUUUAUCUGAAUAUACCCAGUAGCAAGUGCAGCAGACUCUCUCCUGUCCCUGACUGUACUGCAGUACACGACAUAACCACCAGAGGGCACAGAGCAGAAAUGGUUAUGGUACAACUUGACUGUGGGGGAGCACUUUAUUUUAAGGCUAGUAUGGAAAAGGAUAGUUGCAAUAUAUUUCUUGCUUUUUCUAGCCUUACAGAGCGAUUAUGUGCAUAUUGUCUAUUUUGAAUUUGUUUCGGAUUUUAAAGAAAACCCUGGAAAUUGUAAGCACCAUCAUUUAAGCAUAUCAAAGCAAUAAUCCUCCUGUCAAUACCACAGGCUCAACAAGUGGCGUGUCAACAAAAAGCAAAUGGUACUGCAGUAUUAGACAGAUAGUUUUUUGUGUGUGUGUGUGUGUGUGUGUGUGUGAAUAGGAUUGGAAUUGUAAAUAGUGUAUGCUACAAAUGUAUCAUACAUGCUUUUACUACAUACUUCUUUUGCACAGAGUUUGGGCCUCUGUUAGGUCCAUCUUAUCUAUAUUUUAGGUCAACUGCUUUAGGUUUUACAUCUAUUUUAACUUUUGUCAAAGGGAGAAAAUAUUUUAUUUUUAUCUUAUCCAGCACAGCUUCUUUUUCCUUUUCGUUUCGUUUCUUAAAUGAUGGCCGCCAUUAUGUUUGGAUGGCACUUUUCUAAAUGUUGUAUUUGACAUCGCAAAUGUUAUGCAGUGACGCUUCACGAUUUUUAUUUGACAGGAAAAUAUGGUGCAGGUUUUCAGAUGAUACGCAAAUAUUGUCUUGAUGUUGCUCUUUAAGCUAGCUCUUACUUACUUAAGGAAAAUAACUCACUUUCUCACUGUAUUGUACUGUUGGGUCUUCAGAAAUCUACCUUUAAGAAACAUGCACAAUCCAAAGAUAUUUUUCAGUCUUUUUUUUUUGUUUCAAGAAUAUUAUCCAUUUAUAUGUUUUUGCGCAAAAGCGCAGAGUAAAAGGUACAUAUCAUAUGAACAUAUUACUACAUAUUAUGAUUUUGUACUAUAUACUGUAUACAUACAAAACCAAGUAUACCUGUUUAUUUUUUAAGGCCAGUUAAUAUUUUAGCAGUAUUGUCUGUGCUUAUGGAGGUUUUCUCUUAUCAUGCGGAUUAUUCCCUCAUCAGUUUAAGUUUUGUAAUACGGUUAUGAAUUAUCUACAGAACUGCCAAGAUGAAUUUAAAGAGAUCUGUAACUUUUAAAAAGUUUCUUAAACCACUUUUAAAGAGUCCCUUGGAUGUACUUUUUCAAAGUAAGCUCUGUAGCCACACCCUACUGGUUACUAUGUUCAUUUUAGCACACAAGAAUCCAUUCUGAACAGAAAGUCUCAUUCAUCCUAUCUAUAUAUUGCAGUAAUCUUCGCUUUUUUUGUGAGUCAAGUCUUUACCAUCAGUGACUUAAAAUGUUGAUUCCCAGUUAAGGGAAAGUCAUUGGAAUGAAAUGCAAUGGAGAUCUAUUAAGUCGAAGUCUUUCAGGAAAGAGACACCAUCAUUUUUGUUCAUUUCUCUAGAUUGCUGUAGAUUGUGACAAAGUAUAUUUUGAAAUUAUAAAUCUGGAAAAUUGUGGGCUGUUAGAUUGUGGUUAACUGAGGGGUGUGAACAUGAAAGAUUUUACAGGAUGUAAAUUACAAUACACUUAAUUAUUUUGCUUGAUGUUGAUAUUGUUGUAAAUAAAAGUUCUAUUUAAACGUGGAA